AAUAUUUAAUAAGAAUUUGUCAAGGACCUUGCUUCAAAAAACACCAUUUACGAAAGCUCUGUCCAUAGUUCGAAGGACGCCACCUCAACUUGCCUUGCUCAGCCGUCAGUCAACCCAUGCUUUUAGCUGUAGAUUCGUCUGUAUGAGGAUUCUGUCUAAAAUUUUACAUUUUUCCUUCCAAACUCGUUUUCAUAGGUUAUUGCUCCGAGAAAAUAAAAUUUUAUGAGAAUAUAUAUUAUAAAGAACGAAGAGUAAUAAAAAUUGAGGAAAGAUUGGUGGUGAAGUCUUGAAUGGUAUCAAGUAUCUUUUUGUUUGGUUUUUGUUGAGAUAAAAGGAGUUAGUAGGAGUCUAUUAAGUAACUCUUUUGUUUUGUUUUUGGGCUCUUGUAGAGAUCAGAGGAGUUAGCGUUAGAAAUCUCUCUCUCUCUCUCUCUCUCUCUCUCUCUCUUUCUCUGUGGAUGGGUUGGGAGAAGGAGAGCAAUGACUCUGCAAGGAUUGAUAUCAAAGCUGGAUUGGAUUCAGGGACAGCAAGGCUUAACGAGCUCGGUUACAAGCAAGAACUCAAGCGUGAUCUCUCGGUGUUAUCAAACUUUGCAUUCUCCUUCUCCAUCAUAUCGGUUCUCACUGGUAUAACAACAUUAUACAACACUGGGCUCACCUUCGGUGGUCCUCUUGCUAUGACCUAUGGAUGGUUUAUUGCUGGCUUCUUUACCAUGUUGGUCGGCCUCUCAAUGGCUGAGAUCUGUUCAUCGUAUCCAACCUCUGGUGGUCUGUAUUAUUGGAGUGCCAGGCUCUCGGGGAUGGACUGGGCGCCUUUUGCAUCCUGGAUGACUGGAUGGUUCAACAUUGUCGGGCAGUGGGCUGUUACUACAAGUGUAGAUUUCUCCUUAGCACAACUAAUUCAAGUGAUUAUACUACUUGCCACUGGCGGAAACCACGGUGGAGGUUACCUUGCUUCUAAAUAUGUCGUCAUAGCUUUUCAUGGGGGGAUUUUAUUGAUUCAUGCAAUAAUAAACAGUCUUCCAAUCACAUGGUUAUCUUUUUUUGGGCAGUUAGCUGCUGCUUGGAAUUUUUUAGGUGUUUUUGUCCUGAUGAUUGUCACACCAGUGGUUGCAGCUGAGAGGGCAAGUGCAAAAUUUGUUUUUACUCAUUUCAAUGCUGAGAAUGAUGCCGGAAUUCAUAGCAAGCUGUACAUAUUUGUGUUGGGGCUAUUAAUGAGCCAGUAUACUCUGACAGGAUAUGACGCGUCUGCUCACAUGACAGAAGAAACAAAGAAUGCAGAUGUAAAUGGACCAAAAGGUAUAAUUAGCUCCAUCGGCAUCUCAAUCGUUGUUGGAUGGGCCUACCUCCUUGGCAUCACAUUUGCAGUCACCAACGUACCAUAUCUCUUGAGCAAAGACAACGAUGCUGGAGGAUAUGCAAUUGCCGAGGUUUUUUAUCUUGCAUUCAAGAGUAGAAUGGCAUAUGCAUUUUCUAGAGAUGGGGCAAUGCCAUUUUCUUCUUUGUGGCAUAAAGUAAACAAGCAAGAAGUACCAAUAAAUGCAGUCUGGCUCUCUGUGUUCAUCUCUUUUUGCAUGGCUUUGACGUCUCUUGGGAGCCUUGUGGCAUUUCAAGCCAUGGUUUCAAUAGCUACUAUCGGUCUCUACAUCGCUUAUGCCCUCCCCAUCUUUUUUCGCGUGACGCUUGCACGCAAAUCUUUUGUCCCGGGUCCCUUCAACCUCAGGAGAUACGGGGUUUUAGUAGGAUGGAUAGCAGUUCUCUGGGUAGUGACCAUCACAGUUCUUUUUUCAUUACCAGUGGCCUAUCCCAUCACAAAGGAUACUCUCAACUACACUCCAGUUGCCGUUGGUGGCCUCUUUAUUCUUACCGUCUCAUCAUGGUUUAUAAGUGCACGACAUUGGUUCACUGGUCCUGUGACCAACAUAGAUUAAGAAGUUUUGAGGGAUGUAUAUUUGGGGAUGAAAAUUUGAUCUCCCUCAUUCUCUACGUACUGUUUGUAUUGUUUCUUGUAGUGGCAAUGCACUUCAGUAUAAAUGUAAUUUCUAAAUGUCAAUGAUGUUGAUGAUAUCUUUCUUCAUAUUUAGCGUCAA